AGUUAAGCCAAACGUCUAGUGACGGUUCAGUCUGACUUGAGCAGUUGGAGGUGAUCCAUCCAGUUGUCUACACACUCUCACCAGUCCAGCACCUGACAAGAUGGGCAAGGAAAUCGACUUUGUCAACAGGGACCCCAACGGUCUUAACGACCACGUCAGAGUUUUGUUCGAUGAAGUUCUGGGCGAGCCUGACGGUGCCCACUCCAUCAAAUGUGUCUGGAACUGUGCCUACAAGUGCUUCAACUGCUGUAAAGGCUGCUGCUACAAGUUUCUUACCCUGCUGUGUGGUAUCCCCUUGGCUCUCUGCUGGGGAUGUGAGUUUGCCUACAUCACCUUCUGGCACGUGUGGUACGUCACCCCCUGUAUGAGAUUGUACAUGAUCAACUGCGGCUGCAUGCAGAAGUUCUACGGCACCUGCCUACAAUGUUAUCUCCAGCCUCUAUGUGAGGCCUACAGCUUCCUGUUUAGCAACAUCCGGGUCACCAACUACUCAGGAUAAUCUAGGCUUGUGAAGAACAAAACCAACUUAAAACAAGAGUGGCCGCACUUGCCUGGUGAAUGAAUCAGCCUAGUGUGGAAGAUAGUACAAAAAUAUUUUAGAAAAACCGAAAAAUGUAACCAAAAAGUAAACAAAAAUAUUUAUGAUUUAAAAAUCUUGAGGAAUUUAACAAUCGUUUUCAGACAUUUCAAAUCAGGAGAAACCUUCCACACAUAUCAACAGCCAGAAGCAUUCUGUGAUAUUAUUUAUUUAUUUAAAAUUAAAUUAUUUUCUGUA